AUGAACUCGCGAAAUUUGCGACGAUUGGCUGGUGAUCACGCGGCUCUACACAACCAUCCAUUACCGCCGAAUUAUCUCUUCGACCCGACAUCGACAUCAGACUCGGAGCUCACUUCGCUGGAUAUACUGCUAGCGGGUCCACGCGCGACACCCUACGAAACCGGCGUCUUCAAACUUCAUCUCACUAUCCCUACCACGUACCCCCAUGAACCUCCCAAAGCAUAUUUUCGCACAAAGAUUUUCCAUCCGAAUGUCGACGAUGGGACGGGAGCUGUGUGUGUGGAAACGCUGAAACGGGAUUGGGAUGCAAAGUUGACGUUGAGAGACGUUUUGGUGACGAUAUGCUGUUUGUUGGUUCAGCCCAAUGCGAGCAGUGCGUUGAAUGCUGAGGCGGGAAUGUUCUUGGAGCAAGGGGACUGGAGUCAAUUUGAGAGGAGAGCGAGGAUGAUGACGAGGUUGCAGGCAGGUGUGCCGAAACAUCUCAAGGAGGCUGUUCUGGAAGCUCAGAGGAGGGGCGAGGAGAGUGAAGACUUGGUGCGAAAGGACUCGGCGUUGAAUAUGGGAGAGGCGAGUAGGACGAGGAGGAGAGGGACGCCUUUGCCCAGAGAGAUGGUCGAGACUUCGGUUGAAGGUGGAAGGAAGACAACAAGAGAUGUUACGCCGCCGCCGCCUCCGCCUACUCGAGCGCCUGCGACAUCACGUCCUUUCGUGCGCCAAUCUGCCAGAGAUGAUGUGUUUGGCGCGGUGCGUCUGCCCAUGCCACACGGGACACCUAUCAUGUCGGAUGACUCGUCUGAACUUCUACCUACGAAUCAAGGUAAUGGUUUCACAAGAUCUCCAGCCAUGCAACCAAUUCCCCGACUGUCACCUCGCCGACAAGGCCCUCCAGCACCACUACGGGACCUCUAUAUGACAGAGUCCGAAGCCGAAUACCCACCCUCACCAAAAAAGAGUCCUCAAAAGCAAACCCGAGAUGCCAGCAAUGCCAGCGUAGAAUACCCGCCCUCACCACGGAAAAGUCCCCAGAAGAAAGACUUUGAUACCCUUUUCCAGCAGCCUCCCAGGCCGGGACCCAACAGAGCCGAAAGUAGCCGCACAGGCGCAGCGAGACGACUGCAAUUCAGUGCAGCACAAACACAAUCCCAAACUACACCAACCAUCCUCGACUCGUCAUCUCUGCUGGAACCCAAUGUCACUUUUGACCUUGCAAACGAUACCGAGCCAGACACCUCUGAGAUCGAAGCCUCCUUUGAAAUGCCAAAACGCAGGUCUGCAAUUGCUGCAAACAAAAAGCUCGCACAAGCUACCCAAGCAGCGCGCACUUUACGACGAAAACCUAAAAUGGUGGUCUCCCAAGCUUCAACACCUGUCACCAUUCCUGCUCCUCGACUGGCAAAACCUCGCAAGUUGACGCCUGUGACGAGGAGGACUACACCACAGCGACCCUUGUCUCCGCCGAGUUCUUCUUUUGUGGCUUUGCCUUCUGCGGAGAAGGAGGAUAGGAGUGUGAUCGUUGCACCAGUGGAAGCUUUGCAGGAUAAGAUCCGAAAGUCUGAUACACAGGUGCGAAAUGAGAGGUUGGAAAAAAAGUUGUGGAGGCUUUGUGGUGGGGAUGUUGCAAGGUGGAAUAGAGGUGACUUUGGAGGCCACUUUGAGGUCAAGGGAGCCAGAUGGUGA